CAUCGUUGUGUGUCAAGUACUUAGAAAUCCCCCAAAUCCUUCUCCCCUUCAGACAAAAGUACAAAUAGAAUGUGGAUAAUCCUGCUUUUGGCGGGCUGUGUCGCAGCCGACGCUGAGGCUGAUGCCGCACACCACGCUGUUCAUCUUGGAGCUGCACCUUACGGUCCCGUCGCUGCCCCAUAUUGCGCUAAUGGCGGAUAUUGUGUGCCCCCCUCCCUGUGUGCCCCCUACUAUUUAGAGUCCCUGUAUGAUCCUACUGCCCCCUGUUACCUUGCCCCUUCAACCCCUGGGGUCUGCUGUCCUCCGAAAAAGGCCUCAUAUGAGAAGAGAGGCCUUCUUAAGCGAGCCACCAACCCUCCUGGAUCUGAAUCUCCUUUGGAGUUUGAUGCAUACACUCUAAACCAUGCUGCAUUUGUUGGUAUCCAAGAAACGAUCUGGGUUACUGAAUUUGAGGGAGAGCUUGAGAGACGCGGAGUAUUUGCUCGUAAAGGAUCUUCAGCGUUUAACCAUUUUGCACUUUUUGAAACUAAACCAAUCACAAGAAAAAUGGCAGAUAUGGCUAUGCACAGCAUCGCUGGGUCCCAGGACUUGGGAAGUCGGUUUUCUCUGACCCCUGACCAAGCAGGAUUUGGUCUUAAUGCCUUCUCCAUUGAAGGAACCAUGAUUGAAGACUCCUGUCCCAAGCCUCCUCAGUGCAAUGCUUACCAUCCAUACAGAAGCUAUGAUGGAACAUGUAACAACUUGGAAAUGCCUCUGUGGGGACAGUCCAAUACACCUUUCCAGAGGACUCUUCUUCCUGCCUACAGUGACGGUGUCUGGCGUCCCAGAGUUGCUAAGUCAGGAGCGCCUCUUCCUUCAGCUCGUCUAGUCUCUAUCAACAUUGUUCCAGAUGUGGAUGCACCUAGCGAGAUUGAUACUCUCAAUGUGAUGCAAUGGGGACAGUUUGUUGAUCAUGAUCUUGCUCACACACCUCUUUUCCGACUAUCCAACAAUGCUACAGGAGUUCAGUGCUGUAUGGAUGAUGGAUCCGCCCCAAUAAGUAAGCUGGUUCUCCAUCCUGAGUGCUUCCCUAUUGAAAUACCUGAGAAUGAUCCUUUCCACUCCAAGUUUGGCCAAAGAUGUAUGCACUUUGUACGAUCAAUGCCAGCACCUCAGUUGGGAUGUACUUUUGGAUAUGGAGAGCAGAUGAACCAGAUCACUCAUCAUUUAGAUGGAAGCAACAUUUACGGCUCUGAUGAGGAGGAUGCCCUGAGUCUUAGGGCAAAGGUUGACGGACUCUUGAGGUUCUACUCCCCAGAUAACAAUAGACAGUUGCUCCCCCAGGAAGAGGGUGAAUCCAAGGAUGAAUGUCUCAUCGAUGAAGACAAGCAGAUGAAAGAGAACCAAAAAUGCUUUAAAGCAGGAGAUUCACGAUCAAACGAGCAGCCAGGACUUGCAGCUUACCAUACCGUCUGGAUCCGAGAACAUAACAGGUUUAUAAUUACAAUAUUAAUGAUAAUAAUAAUAACAAUAAUAAUAAUAAUAAUGAUACAUUUUCAGCAUAUAUCCUACAACGAAUGGCUGCCGCUGAUCCUGAGUCCUGAGUUUAUGGCUGAAUUAAAUAUCCUGCCUGAAACCUAUGGAUACAACGAGAAAUAUGAUUCAAAGGUUACAAUGCUUUCCGUGAGUUGUGUGGUCUGAAGAGGGUUGCGAGUAUCGACUACCUAGUCGACCUUAUUCCAGCCAAGAUUGUCGACAGGCUCAAGCUUAUCUACGACAAUGUCGACGACAUUGACCUUUUCAUCGGAGGGAUCAGUGAACUUCCCGCUCCAGGUUCUUUGGUUGGUCCAACUUUCCAGUGUAUAAUUGGAGAUCAGUUUAAGCGUCUACAGCAGGGAGAUAGGUUUUACUAUGACAGCUCUGCUAACCCUGGCAAGUUCUCUGAGCUCCAGUUGGCUGAGAUAAGAAAGGCCAGUUUGGCCAGAGUACAUUGUGACAAUGGAGAUUAUGUUAAGCAGAUGCAGCCUUUGGCCUUUAGGAAACCAUCAGCUGUAAACCCUCUGGUUCCCUGUGAUGCCAUCAGUAACCCCAAGGUUGAUCUCUACCACUGGAAAGAAGAUCAUUAUGCCCAUGCUCCCCACCACGCUGCCCCACAGCAUGCCUCUUACCAUGCGGCGCCUGCCUACGCCCCUGCGGCUCCAGCCUACGCCCCUGUGCCUACGCCUUAUUCCCCUGCGCCAGCACCAUACGCCCCUACUCCUGCUCCCUAUGUCGCUAGCCCUGCCCCUUAUGUAUCUGGUCCUGGACCCUAUGCCCCUAAUCCUUCUCCUUACAGCCCCUACAACAACCCCUACAACAGUGGCAGUGCUCAGAUCAAACCAUUUGUUCACCAUCAAUAUCAGCAGGGAAAAUAAAUACAUACAGUGAUAA